AUGUCAACUGUUGUACCAGAGUUCAAAGUGCAUCAACCAUCAGGUGAAAGAAUACCGCUCUACGAAGAGUCGCAGCGACCACCGCUUGAACAUGCAUCGACAGUACCCGAUAUGCAGCCAUAUCAUGGCCAAGAAUACGGCAAAAACAACCUCAAUCUGAACUCAGCUCGAUAUCGACUGCAACAAGUCACCGAACGGGAACAGCAAGAAAAAGGCUAUCAGUUGUUGAAUGAACUCUCCAAUCGGCAAUCGUCGAAUUAUCGAUAUGUCAACUUUAGCCCUACUUCGCAGGACAAUAGCCAAGUCAAGUCGCAAAGCUUCAUCAAGCAAGUGUCAUUUGACGAUAUGAAUAUAGGCUACGACGAUGACGACGACGAGCCCGAUGAAGACGACGAUGUGGGCUGGGAAAUAUAUAAAGCAAAACACGCGGGAACUAUGCCCGCGUCACGUGGCUAUUCAAGAGGAAGAAGCUUAUCGCCGGGAGCAGCCACAAUGUCGUCGUCUAUGGCGUCUCCUAGAAGAACGUCCCAGGCGUACGAGGAAUCCGAUCGAAUGGACUAUGCCGAAUUGAGACGAUUGGAAAGAGAAAUAGUGCAGUACCCCACGCGCCCCAUAUCGACCCUUCGAUGCUGCUCCAUUACAAGAAGACACAACUUGUACAAAAAACUAUACAAUGGCCAGUUGUACCCUCAAGAACCAGUAUUGCCGCAUCGAGUGAUUCUCGUUUACAUUAGUGCUCGUAUUCACACGUGGGUAGCUUUGGAUUGGGUGCUCACCAAAUUCGUUGAAAAUGGCGACAAGGUGAUUGUUUGCGCCACCAUUGACCCUUCCAUCUUUGAUCCAAAAAAGAAGACGAGAUACUCGAGAUCACGAUCGCGCUCGUCUUUUACCGAUCCCUUGGAUCGGUACCGAAGCCGAAGCAAACCGGAAAACAUUAUUGAGCUUGCCAAAAAUUUGAUGAAAUACUGCAUGUUGGUGAUUAAUCCAAAUAAAAUCGCCAAAGUCUCCAUCGAGUUGGUUGCAGGUAAAACAAAGGCGGUGUUGAAAGACAUGUACCGAUUGUAUGAGCCAAACUUGGUGUGCACUGGUACUAAACCCAAUCUCAGCGUUGGUGCUCCAUUGAGAUCGUGGACUUCUUCGAAAUUGACCGAUCGACUAGUGAAAAAUUUCCCCUUGCCCGUGAUUGUUGUUCCCGCUGUUAAUAUGUGCAACUUUGAAUACUCGGUGCAGAGCACCAUAAACGACGAACCCAUCAGGGAGACGGUUAGUCAAGUUGAAAAUGUGCGAGCAAUCGACAACGAAGAGUUUGAAGGCGAAGAUGACGAUGAAACAAACAGUAUUGAGUCAGACGAUGUUCUGACUCAUAGCGACGACUCGGUAGAGUCCUAUAGUUCAUACGAAGAUGUUGCCAGAAUUUACAAAGAUUAUCACGCCGAUAUCAAAAGAAAAUUGACUGACUUGGAGCAUCAACCAUUGAAUGAAAACUACUUUGCCAAUCUCGCCAUUGCAAUCUCGGAAAACUCGUUGAAAAUGUGUGAAGAUAUCAUCCAAGUGGAGCCCAACUUUUUGGGCAAGGGAGCCAAGUUGGCACGAGUAAUCACUGGUUCAAAUAAAUUUGGCCAUUCCCCAUACAGGACAAAGUCGCUCUUGACCCCCAAUGAGGCGCCAAAGAAGGAAGUUCCAAAAGAACACGGAAUGUCAUUUAAAGAAGUCAGCGAGCAGCUUAAACUCAAUAAGAUUAGAUCUCAAAGCGGCAGUCCCGCAAGCCCGCCUCCCGUUGCUUCACAACAACCACCACCACCACCACCAUCACAAGAACAACAACAACAGGACACACAUGACCAUUCGUCUCCGCCUCCGCAAAGUUUGAAAUGGGGCGGGUUGGAGAAGCCGUCCAAAAGAAGAAACAGCGUUCCAAACUACAACAGGUUGAGCAAAUGCUUAAGUGACGAUGUAGAAAGUAAGCCAAAGAAUGAGCGGUUGAGCUUUGAUUCUUCGAAAUUGGAGCCACACCGGAGCCAUGCCGGUUUCACCUCGAGAGGAAACGAAGAACAAGACGAUCAUUCCAAGGGUAAAUGGAAAAAGCUUAAGAAUUUGUUCAAACGAGAUUAA